AUGGCCACUGCUGUGCGUUCCGUGGUCAGCCGCUUCCUUGCGCGGUACUCCGGCAUCGAGGGUGGAGUCCUCCUCCGCGGCAAGGUCUUCCAGCAGCUGGGGGAGAAGUAUCCUUCAUUUAAGAAGUUUAACAACGUGCUGACGGUGGCGCCGGCGUGGAAGUGGGGGCUGGCAGCAGUUCCGUUGUAUGGGGCGGUGUCGGGCGAUGUGCAGGUGGAGAACAUCGACCUCAAGACCUCGGGCGCGCUCUCGCUGACAGGCAUUGUCUGGGCGUACUACGGCAUGCUUGUUCGACCGACGGCGUACUUGCUGGUCGCCGUCAACAUGGCGCUUCUGGCGGUCAACGGGACCAACGUUGCCCGCAAGGUCAUGUACAACCGCGAGCUGGCGGCGGCGACCGACCUCUCGGUGGUCGACACCCUCCAGGUGAUCCCGGCGCCGGCGCUGACUGCGGUUCCUGCAGCCGACGUCACCGUCGUCACGCCGAGUGUGACCGUGGCCGAGAGCGACGUGGCCGAUGCCGACAAGUAA